AUGUUGAAGAACCCCCGAGCAAUUCACCAGUCUUCACAGAACUGCGAAUCUACCUUGCUGAUCGACUGCAUCUCGGCGGUACGGGAGCGUCCUCCCCGCUGGAGUCGGUCCUGCCGCUCCAGCCGUCACUCAGCGUCCGGCGAGACUCCUGAACUCCGGCCGCUCGAACCCGCGUGUAUCGGGGAGCGGUCCCGGGUUUCGGCAGCACUUGUCGCCUCGGGAAUCUUCCUUAACCUGACGUCUCAUACGUGGUUUUGGAAUACAAUUCAGAAUGAUUUCAAGAAUGGGAAUGUUGAUUUAGAGGGCUGCAGGAGGCUGCUUGAAAAAAUGCAAAUAAAAUUUGAUGAAGACCAUUUAAAACAUAUUUUCAAGGAAACUGUGGACAAACAGUCAGGAAAUAUUAUUGGCAUGGACGACUUCAGAGCAAUUUAUCGAGCUCUUGUACACAGGCCUGAAUUUGAAGAACUAUUCAAGGCUUACUCGACAGAUGGCAAAAUUCUACCUGACAGCCAGCUCCUUGAAUUUCUUACAAAAGAACAAUUUCAAACUGAAGCUAAUGAAACAACUGCCUUAGAAAUUAUUAUGAAGUAUGAACCCAUUGAUGAAGUGAGGAAGAAAAGGCAGUUGUCAUUUGAAGGAUUUAUAAGAUACAUGAACUCAGACGAAUGUUCAAUAUUUAAAAGCCAGCACAAGACCGUCUAUCAAGAUAUGAACCAGCCAUUAUGUGACUAUUUUAUUUCAUCUUCUCACAACACCUACUCGAUAGCUGACCAGCUAAUGGGACCCAGUCACUUAUGGGGCUAUAUCAGUGCUCUGUUAAAAGGAUGCCGUUGCCUGGAGAUUGACUGCUGGGAUGGCACCAACAACGAACCUAUUGUGUAUCAUGGUCACGCUUUAACAAGCAAAAUUCCAUUUCGCUCUGUAAUUCAUGUGAUUGACAAGUAUGCAUUUAUGUUAUCUGCCUAUCCAGUUAUACUGUCUCUGGAGAACCACUGCAGCCCUGAACAGCAGGAAGUAAUGGCAGACUGCUUGAAAAGUAUUCUAGGUGACAAACUUCUCACUACACCAAUUGGUGGUGCAGUAGAUAUGACUGAACUGCCUUCUCCUGAGGCAUUAAAAUUCAAAGUUCUGAUAAAAGAUAAAAAAGUUGGAACAAAUGAGGAAGGUCUGCUCAGGAUGGAUGCUGAAUAUGGUGGUGAGAUAGAGGAACUGAGUGACUCUGAAUCUGAGUCUGAGGAUGACGACGCAGAUGACACGUUACCUCUUCAGCCAUCAAGGAGUCCCACCAGAAGAAGAAGAAAUCAUAGACCUUCUCUCCCACCUCAAAAAAAACCAAAGGUGAGAAAGGGAAAGAUUGCCCUUGCAUUGUCAGACCUCGUGGUUUAUACCAAAUCUCAGAAGUUUGUGAGCUUUGAGCAUUCCCUGCAGCAUCAGCAGUGUUAUGAAAAUAAUUCAAUUGAAGAGAGUGCAGCACAAAAACUUUUAAGAUCUUCAGCUAAAGAGUUUAUUUCACAUACUACAAGAUUUAUUACAAGAAUUUACCCCAAGGGAACAAGAAUGAGCUCGUCAAAUUAUAAUCCUCAGGAGUUCUGGAAUGUGGGGUGUCAGAUGGUGGCCUUAAACUUCCAAACACCGGGAACAGAAAUGGAAUUGCAAGAUGGAAAAUUCCUGGACAAUGGUGGUUGUGGCUAUGUGCUGAAACCUGUAUUCUUGAGGGAUCGCAAUACCACAUUUACACCCCGAAAUGUGGGAGGAUACAGCAAACCAAUGUCUCUGUCAAUAAGGCUCAUCAGUGGCCAUCAGUUACCACGCAGCAGCACGUCAAGGAGCAACAAAGCUAACCCCAUGGUACAGAUAGAAAUCCAUGGUGUACCAGAGGAUGAAGCAAGAAAGAACUCUAGUAUUGUAAGAAGCAAUGCUUUGAGCCCUAAAUGGAAUGAAACAUUCUCUUUUAACAUCCAAGUUCCAGAACUGGCAAUGAUACGCUUCUGCGUGCAGAAUGAGAUUUCUGUGUGUAACAACGAAUUCCUUGGCCAGUACACUUUACCUGUGAUGAGCCUGAAUACAGGUUACCGUAACAUUCCAUUGAUAUCCAAAGAAGGCAUCAAGCUGGAACCUGCAUCACUCUUUGUUCAUAUCUGGUAUUAUCACUGAUGCUCCACAGAAGAAAUCAUUCUGGAGGAUUGCCCCCUGCUCCAAUAAAAUAACAUCUCUGGCUUCGCAACAGCCCCAGUGGCCUGAUUCCCAGAGAGGCACAUUCACAAUGAUUUUGUGAAGCCAGAGGGAAUAUUAUGGAGGGGGUAUCCCAAAUAAGGGCUGCUGUCCUUGGCCCUACUGCUGUUUUUCUGUAGGAGAAGACUGGGUCUGAGAAAACCUAAGGAGCCUUGAGGUGCACAGGUCCAUGGGACGUGAUGAGAAACAUCCACAGGUCCUGAGGAAACUGGCCUGAGCCGCGAUCCCUCACUUGGGAAGUCAGGGCAGGUUGGGGAAGUUCCCACUGAUGGAAAAAGUGGAAACAUAGCCCACAUCUGCUAUCAAAAUCAGCGUUGAGGGAGGUGAUUUUACCCUCCUAGUCUGCUCUCAGGAGAUCCCACUUGGGAAGUUGCAUUUAGCUUUGGGGCCUCCAACACAAGAAAGAGGUUGAUCUUUUGGAGAGAGUCUAGAGGAGGGUCAUGAAAAUGAUCAGAGGUGUGGAGCACCUCUGCUGUGAGGAAAGGUUGAGAGAGUUGGAGCUGUUCAGCCUAGAGAAGAAAAGGCUCCAGGGAAACCUUAUAGAACCUUCCAGUAGAAGGGUAUGUAGCGAUUGGAAAAGGGUGGAUGGCUUUAAACUGAAAGAUUAAACUGUAAUUUACAUUUAACUGUAAAUUAAACUGUAAGUUUAACUGGGUAUAAGGAAGAAAUUAUUUACUGUGAGGGUGGUGAGGCACUGGCACAGGUUUCCAGAGAAGUUGUGGACUCCUCAUCCCUGGAAGAGUUCAAAACCAGUAGGAUGGGGCUCUGAGCAACCUACAAAGUGUCUCUGGCCAUGGCAUGGGGUUGGAAUGAGAUGAUCUUUAAAAUCCCUUCCAACCCAAGCCAUUCUGUGAUUCAAUUAUUCUAUGAAUGUUUAGAAACAAUUAAUAAACACUGAAUGCUUUUGAAUAUUUUAAAAAUUGAGUUAAUGUCAGUUGAAGCUAAUUUCAAAUUUAUGAUUAAUUAUUGAGUGAGAAUAAUAAUCCAAUACAUAUAAGAGAUCAUGCUAAUUUUUUAGGAUAUAAGCAUGUGAAUUUGGCAUUUUUAUUUGUAUUGAACAACAUCUCUUACCAUUGUAGCUUUUCAAGGGGACAGGAAAAAUUAUACAUACAAUGUUCCCUUUAAAUUUGGAAAAAGUGGGCUCUGACUGAAUUAUUCCUCUUUAGUGCCCACUGUCAUUUUCUUACCUGAAAAAAUAGUUUUCAGAAAAAAAUUAAAAUCAUAAAAAAAUCAUAUGCUAGUAUUGGUACCUUUCCUUAGCUUAGUCUUGAAUGUUCUGCUGCUAAAGCAAGAUAAAAAAAUUCAUGGAGAGUUUGUAAAGAACCAUAUUCCUCAUAGGAGCAGGGAGCUCAGGAUACAUCUUACCGGGAACUCAGAAAGUUGGAAACACAGUAUUCCGAGGAGAACUGGAGAGUUUUAGAAAAAUCAAGGGUUGAUUAUGUGUGUGAAAUCUAGGAGGACAACUACUUGCUUAACAUCAGUGUAGAUCUUACCCAUAAGACACAAUUUUCCCAUCUUCCUUUCAGAACUGAAGCAUUGUUGACCUUCCACAGGACUACAGUUACACAACUAAUGGCAGAUUUGUCACUCAAAUAUGAUUUUUUUUUUAGAAAAGGAUGUUUUAUCAACAAGUUUCUUUAAUAUCAAAUAAUAUUGCUUAAGUUUACAGACAGUUCUGAUGAUAGAUUGUAAU